AUGGACCAGUUGGAUUUCCUUGUACAACAACCAAUUGUGUCGCGUUGGAAUGGGGACACCUACUACGACGCAACGACGCACUCACCGCUACAACAACUCCCCUUUGAACGACUCUUGCAUGAAAUGCCUACCAACGACGUGGUGAAACCCAUGGAUUUGCCUACUGCGCCAGUACCGGUCAAUUCGGUUGACCCUUCUCUCCUCCCCUGCGGUAUUCCCGGUCUCGAUGUUGCCAGCAUGUCUCAACUGCUGCUCGCCCAACUAUGCACCGGAAUGACUGCCCCACCCACGACGACAACGACUACGACGGCGGUCCCUCUUCUAUUCCCACCCAGCGCAGAUGACCAACAGCAGUUCACGCUCGGACUGUACAAACUCCUGGCUAGUUCCCUCUACUGGUCUGCAUUUGAAAAACUUUUCGCCGACAGCCUGCCCCUCCUUGGAUCAGUAGCGCCUCCAGCCGCCCCGGCACCCACUAUCUGUUCGGAUGAGGACGAAACCCGAGCUGAUGAUCGUCCCUCCCACGCCAGCUGGCCAAUCAGCCAACGUCACUCCAACCCCUUCCGCCUCCAUCGUUCACCCAAGCGGGUUCAUCGCCUGUGGCAGUUCCUGUGGACCCUGCUAGAAGAUCCCAACUACAACCCCAGCAUUAUUCGUUGGGUGGACAAGGAGGCUAAGAUGUUUGAACUGACAAAGAGCUCUGUGGUGGCCAAUCUCUGGGGAGCACAAAAGCAGAAGCCAGGCAUGAGCUAUGAGAAUCUUGGCCGUUCACUCCGGUACUACUACUCGAGAAAGAUUUUGAAGAAGGUCAGUGGGCAACGACUGGUUUACCAGUUUCUUCCAACCGAGGCACUUUUGGCCUGCGAACAGUCACAAGCGACCUAG